AUGGCAAUGGGUUUGGUAUUUCUGGGUACCCAGCCCCACCCGUCCCGAAAAGGCCAGACUUUACCUAGUGUUAGCGGGCUUGGGCUUGGGUCUGGGACUGAUUUACAGGCCCGCCCUCGAGUACGAGUCGGUUUUCAAUGUAAUGGAUUUCGGCCUGCAGCAAAUUGCGAGAACGAUGACAAGGAGUUUUUGCGAUUCAAUUUCGUAACCGACUCAACAAUUAAAGAAAUAAAAUCUGUUGAUGGUAAGAAAGUUCAUAUCAAUGUUUUUGCCUGCUACAACCUGAAGAUAAAAUCUAUUAAGAUCUCAACACCUGGAGAUAGUCCCAACACUGGUGGAAUUCAAGUUGGGUCAUCAAAAGGGAUUAAGAUCUACGAUUCAGCGAUAAGUACUGGUGAUGCUUGUGUCUCUGUUAGUCCUGGAAGUGAAAACAUUCUAGUCUCCGAUGUUUUCUGUGGACAAGGACAUGGGAUUAGUGUUGGUAGUCUUGGAAGGACUCCAAAUGAGGAAGCUAUUACCGGUUUGACAGUACAAAAUUGCACCUUCACAGGCAUGAGUAAUGGUGUAAGAAUCCAGACAUGGCCUGAUUCUUAUGAGAGCACAGUUUCCAAUUUAACAUUUGAAGACAUUGUCAUGGAUAAUGUGCAAAACCCCAUUGUUAUUGAUCAGGAGUACUGCCCGAACAAUUCUUGUAACAAAAAGGUUCCUUCAAGAGUGAAGAUCAGCAAUGUUAAGUACAACAACAGUCGCGGCACUUCCUCCUCCGAGGUUGCAGUUAAUCUCAUCUGUAGUGCAGUGAACCCAUGUGAAAAUGUGGAGAUUGGUGAUAUCAACUUGGUUUACAAUGACGCUGAAGCAGGUCCAGGCACAUCAUCUUGUUCAAACGUUAAAGCCAUCCUUAAAGGAAACCAGAUCCCAACCAUUUGUGUUUAG